CGCAACGUCGGAUUAAAAUCUGCGAGCGCGUGACGUCGGAGACGGGCUGGGUUUUAGUGGUUUUAUUAUUAUCUUUAUUACAGACUAUUAGCGAUGUAAACACGUUCACCCGGAAACAUUUCGAGGACAAAUCUAAACCGUCGACGCCAGAUUCGACAAGUUCAGAGUUUUAGGUUCAGCAGUGUGACUCAGCAACACAAUGUCCUACAUGAGAGCAGACAGCAGCUGGUCCCAGCCACGGGACUUCAACGGUGUGGUCCAGAUAUGCAGCUCCAACAUCCAGAAGAUCAGCCAAAACUCCGGCCAGAUCAAAAAUCUCCUCUACCAACAGGGGACGAGGCAGGAGACCUCAGAGGUCCAAGAGAAGCUACAACAGCUGCAGCACUACACCAACCAGAUCGCUAAAGAAACCAACAGACACUUGAAGGAGUUGAGCUCUCUGCCCCCGGCCCUGUCCCCGUCAGAGCAGAGGCAACAAAAGCUUCAGAAGGAGCGUUUAAUGAACGACUUCUCCGCAGCCCUCAACAACUUCCAGGUGGUGCAGCGGAGAGCAGCCGAGAAAGAGAAGGAGUCGAUGGCCAGAGCUCGAGCUGGAUCCAGAGUUACGGGAGACGGAGGAAGUGUCAAUGAAGAGCUGGUGACUUUUGAGAAGGAAGAUGAGUGGAAUCAGAGACAGAUUCAGACCGAGGAGCCGAGCACCAUUACAGAGGAGGACCUGGAGAUCAUCAAAGAGAGGGAGACUAACAUCAAACAGCUGGAGGCCGACAUCAUGGACGUGAAUCAGAUCUUCAAGGAUUUGGCUGUGAUGAUCCACGACCAGGGAGAGAUGAUUGACAGUAUCGAGGCCAAUGUGGAGAACGCUGAGGUUCAUGUCGACAGAGGGGUCGUCCAGUUGCAAAAGGCAGCGUACUACCAGAGGAAGUCCCGUAAGAGGAUGUGCAUGCUGGCCAUGGUGGGGUCUCUGGUGCUCAUCAUCCUCAUCAUCAUCAUCUGGCAAGCCAUCAAAUGAGAAGAAGACGCAGCCUUCUGACACCUUCAGAUGACUCCAGUUGUGUGUGAAUAUGUGUCAAGUGUGUGUGUGUGUGAGAGAGAGAGAGACACACAAGUGGAGCUGUAUGUCUGCAUAAUAGACCAAGUAUGAGAACUAGACCCUGCAUCACAGCACAAAAAAGUACAAUUGUUCUCACCUUUAUCCUUCCUCACUUCUGUAUUUAAAUGUAAUGUUGCACAGAUUUGCACUCAGUAAGUUCACAUAAACCCUGUCUUGUGUGAAUAUGAACUGUACUGCUGACAUGAGGAGUGUGGAUUCUCUCUGGACGCGCUGACCACAAAUCUAAUAUAGUGAAAUUCCACCCGACGAGGCGCCGCUUUGGGUCGUGUCUCAUUUUGUCCACCAGAGGGCAGACUAACCACAGCGAGAGCGGCCAACAUCUACAGAGACACCAGAACAACACCGCGACCUGCCAGCCUUUAUUUACUGUGGACGCACAUUACGUACGUCUGUCAUUCUAUUUAUUGCCAGCGAAGGCUACUAUAUGUUAAAGUGUCAGAGGUUAAGUCCCUGUAGUUGUGCAUAAACCUAAAGUGAACUUCAGGGAGCAUGCACCUAUAACCUAACAAUGUAAUAUUAUGUUUUGUUGUUUGGGCUGGUCAUAUAAAAUUAAAAAACUAAAUAUUAUACACAACUGUCACAUAAAAAAAAUGGGUAUAAUUUAGGCCUUAUAAAUAACAUGUAUGUUGAUCAGCCACAACAUUAUGACCACGGAUGAGAAGUAAAUAUCAUUGACCAUCUUGUGACAAUUCAAUGUUCUGCUGGGAAGCUUUUUUUGAACCUGGCAUUCAUUCAUGUGGAUAUAACUUAUACAUGUGGCACCCACCUAGACCAGACCCCACUAUCAACAUCCUGUCAUCAGACCCCACAGGACACCCUCAGAAGGCCCAUGUCCACUCUCUGAUGAAUCACAACGGUUUUGGAGACCUACACAGUAUUAGGAAUGUGGUCAUAUUGUUAUGCCUGAUCGGUGAAUGUUAUAAUGGUAAAAAUUUACUUUUAUUUUUUUUUUUGCAUUUGGGAUGAACUGUCGAUUUAAAACCAGUCAUUUGAUUGUGUAUUCAGGCUGUCAGUGCUUCUAUAGCUGCUUCUAUUACAACAACACUUGUUACUGCAGUUACUAAAGAAAAAAUACUCGUGCUGUUAGUUAUUCAUUUUAACCCGUCCCAUGUGAGUACUAUAACUGUGGAAGUACAGUAGUUUACCAACUUUUAUUAUGCAAACAUAAAUGCAGCCAGUAAAUAAAAUUAAUGUGGUUAAUCCAA